GCUUUGAUUAGAUAGUGUAGACCAGACGCGCCCCGCGGCUUUCAAGACGCGUUGAGUGUAUCUCCCCCACCUUUGUCCAUAUUUGACCUAGGAGUUCCUUUGCUCAACACAGUCAACCAUGGCUUCCCAGCAGGAAGAGGGAGAUCUUCCCCAAGGGUUUGUCCGGUUGAGGGAUGUACUGGACCAAAAGUUCGUGCCUGGACAUAUGGUCAAUGUCAUAGGCUCCAUCAUUGACACCCAGGCCCUGUUCAAAACCAGCAAAGAUUGGAAAACCACAUGGUCCCUCAUGGACUGCUCCGUGGAAGAUGAAUGCUAUGGCGUCAAGCUCAACAUCUUCCGACCUCGUGAAACCGACAUUCCCCAAAUUGCCUACCAGGAUGUUGUCGUGCUUCAUAGGGUCAAGGUCCAGAGGUAUGGCGGGAACAUGUCCUUCAUCACUAAUCAUCAGACCACCAUCAGGGUAUACGAGUCCUCCAAGAUCCCCAGGCCUCCAGGAUCCGCCUUUGUGGCUUUGAGACCGUGCACCAAAAAGGACGAACGCCCGGAACUGACCGAGGAAAUCCACCACUAUGUCGCAGCCUUUUACCACAAACUGGACAAGACCAACGCCCCCUCAGAGGAGGUGUUUCGGCAGGCAGCCCGGCAAUCUGCCAACGUCAAGGACAAGUUCAGUCUGCUCCAAGAUGUGCAGGCAGAGAGGUUCUACGACCUGAUCGUCCGAGUUGUGCGAGCACCACAUUUUGACUUUGACAACAAGGCAACACUCUAUGUGUCAGACUACACCGAGAACCCGGCCUUCCAUGACCACAUUCCCGAGAACCUCGAUGCAUCUCAAGACGGCGAUGUAUAUGGUUAUACCUCGGAGGAGCCCGCGCCAGUAGCGGAGAGAUGGAUCGCCCCGGAGGGGAAAAAGUCUCUUCAGGUCACCUGCUGGGAGCCUCAUUCCCGCGCCCUGCAGGAGGAUGUCAAACUUGGCUCCUGGAUCGGACUCAAGAAUGUGCAGAUAAGACUUGGUCAUGAUUACAAGUAUUUGGAGGGUUUUGUGCGGGAAGAUCGGACAUAUCCAAACAGAAUCAACGUCUACCCUUUCAACCUGGACGAUCGCGAGAACAUGGACGAUCGCCUCACAGCAGCCUUGCGCCGCCAGCAGGCUGCGGACAAGGAGAAGAAGAAGGUGAUCAAGGACAUCAAGUCUGCUCAGGUUGCAGGUCAGAAGCGGAAAGCUUCAGAGGUGCAGGCCAUCGAGGACCAGCCGGCUCUGAACGCGAAGCAGCGUCGGGCGGAGAACAGAGCGAAGAAGAAGGAGGAAAAAGCUCGCCAAAGCGUAGUCUCUGCCGCGCCUGUUGCCCCGAGCACGAAGAGUGACCCGCCAAAGCAAAAUCCGACCCAGGAUGUCACUCUUGCCGGAAAUCGGCAGAUAAUCUGUGAGAAAAGCAAUGUCGGCCUGACAACCAUCGAGAGCAUGCUCGAGCCGAGCUUUAUGAAAAUCAAGAUCGAUGCAGACACUGUCGAGGUUCAAGUCCCAUUCGUGAACAAGAAAUACCUGACCUUUGUCCGCGUUGUCGACUUCUCGCCUUCCUGCAUAGAAGACUUUGCCGUCAGCCGCAAGAUCACCCAGUACCAUGAUCUCUCAGACAGCGAAAACAGUGACGGAUCGUCCCUCGACGAGGACGAAUCUUCCGGUGGCGAUAACGACCCCACCGUGAAGCGUGCUUGGGAAUGGCGGUUCUCACUGUUGCUUGAAGAUGCACUGCCGGCGGAUGGAUCAUCGCCUGCGCGGGUGUGGGUGGCGGUCAACAAUGGUGCAGGUCAGUGUCUCACCAAUUUGGAUGCAGACGACCUCCGGAAGAACAGGAAGUGCCGGUACCAGCUCCAAGACAUCAUGCACAUAUUGUGGGGUAACUUGGAGGAGGUCAAGGCUGCUGAUGGUGAGAAACAGCAGGCUUCCAAACAGGAGGUCAAUUCCAGGCCAGGCUCUAGGGGUAGCAAUGGGAACCGUACGCAGAUGCCCGAUCUGGAUAGUGACGAAGAGAAGGAGGAGGCUAGUGGUCGUGGAAAAGAGAGCAGCUCGAGGUCGAAUGAGAUAAGGCUGGUCAGCAAGCCCUUCACGUGCCCUAUCAAGCAGUACGGCGUCAGGACUGGGAAGAAGGAUGAGUGGAUGCGUGUGUUUGCCAUGGAUGGGGUGCGGAUCAAGGAUGUGUAACUAGUUUUUCGGGGAGGUCUAUGUCUAUGUGUCUAUGCUGUUUUCUUUUCUUGUCUCAUGAUUAACGACAUCCUUUUUCGUUUCAGGGGGGGGGAUGAAUCAUCUGCCUUUCUACUUUGGCUGUUCUGGCAAGGCGUUUUGGGACAAGCAGGCAGGAAGGGAAGCCGAACAUGUGAGGGAGCAUAUGCUGAGGAGAAGGAGGAACAUUAAAUAGGGCAUACGGCAUUGCAUGUUUAAGCUUAUUUCAAUAGCUAUCACUUUCAGUCUCUGUACAUGUGGAUAUAUAUAUAUAUAUAUAUAAGUCGUGUUUCAUUGUAAGUGACUGGUGUCGAUUAUCUUCUUGUUUUGUUGGUGUUGGCAUAGGUUUAUAUAGUUGCGAUGGUUGUCA